UUUGAAGUAAAUUGUUCAGAUGGAAGGCCAGCACAUCAACGAAAGUUGUUUAGUGAUGCCUUCACUGCUACUUGCUCAGGUAUUGAGUCUGGACGAACAGUAAACAUAAGUGUGACUGCAGUGAGUGGAAAGAAAAGAGGAGAGACAAUGACACUCACCAUCACAACAUAUCCAGAAAGAGUAAUAUUAUUUGAAACUGAAUCCAACACCAGCAGUAUAAGUGCAGAAUGGACAAUCAUAGAUGGCGUUGCUGAUUAUUUUGAAGUAAAUUGUUCUGAUGGAAGGCCGGAACAUAAUCGAACGUUGUUUAAUGACGCUUUCACUGCCACUU